UCAUCUCCUAAUAACAGAAAUAUAUUUGUCACGUGAGUCUAUGGGAAAAGUCCAGUGGGCACUUUUAUGUAAAAACCAUUUGUGUGAAACUUCCCGCCAUGAAGGAAAAAUGCAAGAACGCAGCGAAAACGCGGAGAGAGAAGGAGAACGGAGAGUUUUAUGAGCUGGCCAAGCUCCUGCCUCUGCCGGCGGCCAUCACCUCCCAGCUGGACAAGGCCUCCAUCAUCCGGCUGACCAGCAGCUACCUCAAGAUGAGGGCAGUCUUCCCCGACGGUCUGGGUGAUGGAUGGGGUCAAUCAACAAGGUUCAGUCCUCUGGACAGCAUGGCUAAAGAACUGGGUUCCCACCUUUUACAGACUCUGGACGGCUUCGUGUUUGUUGUUGCCUCUGAUGGAAAAAUCAUGUACAUCUCAGAAACAGCAUCAGUCCACCUUGGCUUGUCCCAGGUGGAGCUAACAGGAAAUAGUAUAUUUGAGUACAUCCACCCAUCAGACCAUGAUGAGAUGACAGCAGUGCUGGGUGUUUGCCAGCCCCCAAACCAUCACUUCUCUCCAGAUUAUGAGAUAGAGCGCUCUUUCUUCUUGAGGAUGAAGUGUGUUCUUGCUAAACGAAAUGCAGGACUAACAUGUGGAGGAUAUAAGGUCAUUCACUGCAGCGGCUACCUGAAGGUUCAUCAGUACAUGAUUGACAUGGCGCUGUAUGAAUCCUGUUAUCAGACUGUGGGUCUAGUGGCAGUUGGUCACUCCCUGCCCCCAAGUGGUAUCACUGAGAUAAAACUCCACAGCAACAUGUUCAUGUUUCGGGCCAGCCUGGACUUUAAACUCAUCUUCUUGGACACGAGGGUGGCAGAGUUGACGGGCUAUGAGCCUCAGGACCUGAUAGAGAAGACUCUCUACCACCAUGUUCAUGCCUGUGAUGUUUUUCAUCUACGCUAUGCUCACCAUUUAUUACUGGUGAAGGGGCAGGUCACCACAAAGUACUACCGCAUGUUAUCGAAGCAUGGAGGCUGGGUGUGGGUUCAGAGCUGUGCCACCAUCGUCCACAACAGCCGCUCCUCCAGACCUCACUGUAUUGUCAGUGUGAACUACGUCCUCACUGACAUCGAGUUCAGUGAGUUGCAGUUAUCUCAAGACCAGAGUCGAGCCACUACGCCUGGUCUCAAUCUUACUUCCUCUGAGGACCACCACAAACAACUGAGAACCAAAGCUGUUAAGAUGAAGACCAAACUUAGAGCAGCUCCCUAUCCUGAGCAGGUCACUAGGCUUUUCCAGUCAGACUGCUUGAGCUGCUCCCCACAGAGGGAGCUGUUAAAGGAGAGACCGCCAUACCCGGUGACCCCCUGCAGGGAGAAGAGCUCCAGCUUGAGCCCUGAAGCAAGCCAGACGUCUUGCAGCCCCACUUACAAUCUGACCCUCCACUACCCCAACAACCACCAGAAUCUGGAUGGUCAAAGCCAGCUGCCUAACUUAGUUCCCUCCUCUCAGCUGGCUCAGCAGAUCAUCGGCUCCCUACACAGCAGAGGGCCUGUUGGAUGGAACAUCAGCGGCCCCCAAGCACCAAAGAAAUACACAGGCCCCAUGCUGGCAGCUGACCGCAGGUUCCCUGAUGAGAUCUACCAUGAUUGUUCCAGCAACACGAACCAGUAUUCUCCCAGCAGGCUGAAGAAAGAACCCUACAAACAUUACACGCUUGUCCACAGCGAGGUGUCUGAUGUGCGUCCACAUUCUCAUCUUCAUGCCACCAAAGACAGUAAGCCUUCAAGCCAGGAUGUCCUAAUUAAUACGAGAGGUACAGAGGGACUUCGAGGUGACCGAGACCUGGCCUGCCCUUUUCUCAGUGGCCUGGUACUGGGUAAAGGUGAGCAGGUUGGCUCGCUACCGCAAACAGCAUUGAGCCAGCCUCUCCCUGUACAGAUGGUGAUGGAGCAGAGGAGGAGGCUGUGUAUGAUGGAGGCUCCCUACAGCCGCAGAGCUGCAGGAUAUCCACCACCUGCUGCUGGUAACCAGCAGCGUGACUCUGCUGCGGAGCUACAGGCCAGGUCUGCUGAGGACGACAGGAGAAUGUUGAUAGGUAUGGGGGUUGGGAUGGGACUUCCCCAAGCUCCAUACAUGUCUUUGAACUUUCAUCAAGUCUUAGGCAAACCUGGUUCUAUUAAAACCCCCCCUUUUACCACACUGAGCCAUAUAACAGACAGCCAGGUUUACCAUUGUAAAGACACAGCCUCUUACAGCUGCAACAGCCAGAGUCCUAGCUCCAGUUCAUCCCCUGAGAGCCACAGAGAGAUCUCACAUUACAUUGGCACAUCAGUCAUUAUCACAAAUGAGAGGUGA